CCUUUUGCUCCAUGCGGACUAUGCAUGCAUCAUUCCCGUGGCUUUGCAUCUGAAAGGAUUACAACUUGGACAUAGUUUUUUUUUUUUUUUUUUUAAAGGGUCGUGGUUCGUGUUCGUGCGUCGCGCUUCGCUGUCAUAUGUGCAACAAAAUGUCAGAUGUUCGCCUCUCCAACGCGAGCCCGACCCUGGAGCGGGUGGAUGCGCGUCAGGCGGACAGCUCCAGACCGUCGGUGCGCAGAAACCUUUUCGGUACACCUGACCCGGAGGAGAUACGGAGGUACGUGGCCGCGACGCUGCAGGAGGACGUGCGGGGCUUUCGGGAGACGUACAACUUCGACCCGGUGGAGGAGAGACCGCUCAGUCCGCGGAAUUACGAGUGGGAGGAGGACCGCGACCCGCCGGAGUUUUACCUCAGACCGCCUCACGGGAGCCAGCGGGACGCCGCCGGGGAGGAGGGGGAUCGCCGGGGGGACAGACGAGCCUCGAGGAAGAGACGAUCGGAGGGUUCAGGCUCUUGCUCCGGGGACUGUCAGAGCAAAGUGUUGCACGCUGACGAAGACGACGAUGAAGAAGGGCCGGACGGUGCAGGAAGUGCGGCUGCGGAGCGGAGCCCCGGCAGGCCGGCGCGCAGCGCGGAGGAGGCGCACUGAAAAAACACCGCGCCAGAGCAGAGACCUGCUGCUGGUGGAAUACUGUAGCCUUUUUCUCAUCAUCUGACAGAGUGGAGAGACUUUUUUGUUUUGUUUUUUUGUUUUCCUUUCCAAGCAGCCUUUUCUGACAGAAAAGGGGAAGAAGAGGAGGAAGAGGAGGGAGGAGGAGGAGGAGGAGGAGAGGCUGUUGAAGCACUGAAUAUGUACACUAUCAAGUUUUGGCACUCACAAUAAUUAAAUUGCCUCAAAAGCAGCAGACAAUGUAGCAGUGUGCAAAUGGAUUUUUGCUCAAAACAAUUUUUUUUUUGUCCUUUUUAUUAUCUACUACCUAUGUUUCAAAAUGUAGCACAUACGAAAGCAUAUUAUGCUUUUCAUACCUGUUGUUUUUAAAUGUGUUUAUGAUAAGUGUGUGAAUCUGACUCGGGAAGUUGCAGUGCAAUUUCCAACAGAGAAACGUUAUUUUGUUAUAGUGGUCAUUUGUAUCAUUAUUCAGGUAAUUGAUAUACUUUUUUUUUUCUUUUUU